ACUAUAGUGCCUCUGCAACUACUGUUAUCAAUAGUGCAAAAUGACGUACUGUAUGGUGAAGCUAGUAAGAUGAUUUUGAUGUAUGCAAAUGAUUACUUAUUCACAGGUGUUGUGUCGCUAGCCCGGAUGGCCAGCGCUUCAACAGUAAAUGUCACGGUGAAAGGAGUGGCCACCCAGUCAUCACUGUAUGGGGAUGGCCAGGCUAACAAUGCCAUUGAUGGCAACAGAGAAUCAGACUAUCACAAAAUGUCCUGCACACACACUGAACAGGAGACCAACCCCUGGUGGAGAGUGGACCUGCUGGAUCUGUACAGAGUGACAGCUGUCACCAUCACCAACAGAGGAGAUGUUGUUCCUGAGAGACUUGAUUGUGCUGAGAUCCGCAUCAAUAACUCACUGGAGAACAAUGGCAUCAACAACCCCAGAUGUGUUGUCAUCGCCAACAUCCCAGCAGGAGAGACCUACACCUUCCAGUGUAAUGAGAUGGAGGGUCGCUAUGUUGUUGUGAUCCCUGGAACAGAACAAGAUUCUCACUCUGUGUGAGGUGGAAGUUUACAGCAUUCUUACAUGUAAUUAUCUGCAACUAUCUUCACUUUUCACAUGAAGCGUUAGAUUUAUGUAGUUCACACUAGAUCAGAACAUUCAGUGCCUUCACACCCCUUGACUUUGAGAUUUUAAUUGAUUUGUCUUUCAUUUUUUUGUCAACGAUCUACACAAAAUACUCUCAUGUCAAAGUGGAAUAAAAAUUUGAAGUGAGAAGCCUUUUACCUUUGCACGGUUUUUCCUAGAACUUAGGAACAGUUCCAUCAGCCUUAUUAGCCU